CAGAAAAUGAAGCUCACGGUGUCAAUAUUGUUGGUGGUUUUCACCAUCUGUUUUUCGAGUUUGAUAGACGGGUACGAUUGCAAGAUUGUGCAAUUUAUAUUUGGGGACUCGUUAUCUGAUAAUGGUAACAACAAUCGGCUUUCCAAGAGCUUUGCUCAGGCAGCACUGCCUUGGUAUGGUAUCGACUAUGGCAACGGGAUGCCCAAUGGUAGAUUUACCAAUGGACGUACCGUUGCUGAUAUUAUAGGUGAUAAGAUAGGGCUUCCACGACCACCAGCUUUCCUCGAUCCCUCGUUAUCUGAAGAUGUUAUACUUGCUAACGGAGUGAAUUUUGCUUCUGGAGGUGGCGGUAUCUUGAACGAAACUGGAGGUUUAUUUAUUCAAAGAUUCUCCUUGUACAAGCAAAUUGAGUUAUUCAGUGGUGUUCAAACAUUAAUCCGAGGAUCAAUCGGCGAUGAAGCAGCUACGAAAUUCUUCCAGGAUGCAAGGUACGUGGUAGCACUAGGUAGCAACGACUUCAUCAACAACUACCUAAUGCCCGUAUACUCUGAUUCCUGGACGUACAAUGAUGACACCUUCAUCGACUAUCUCAUGGAAACUCUUGGUGCUCAACUCACGGUAUUACAUGGGAUGGGAGCAAGACAGUUGAUGGUUUUCGGGUUAGGGCCCAUGGGUUGUAUCCCUCUUCAAAGGGUGCUGAGUACUUCGGGUGAGUGUCAAGAGAAAACAAACACACUGGCUCUUAACUUCAACAAAGCUACUGCUAAACUCAUGGACGACUUAUCCGCAAAGCUUCCAAAUGCAAGUUACAAAUUUGGAGAUGCCUAUGAUGUGGUUAACAAUGUCAUCACCAAUCCUAGUAAAUAUGGCUUUGACAAUGCUGAUUCGCCAUGUUGCUCGUUUGGAAGGAUUAGGCCGGCUUUGACAUGUAUUCCUGCUUCAAGAUUAUGUAAAGACAGAAGUAAAUAUUUGUUUUGGGAUGAAUACCAUCCGUCGGAUCGUGCUAAUGAGUUGAUUGCUGAUGAGUUAAUUAGAAAAUUAGGAUUUAAGCCUAUAAAUCAAACGGAUGGUUCGUCUCCGUCUCCAACCUCUGCUCCUGCUCCCAGUGAUGAUUGAUUAAAAUUCUCGCGACGACUUUCAUCUUUUUCCUCUGUAUGAAAUCUGUUUUUAAUAUUUUGUAGUCUUCCUUCAUUUGUUCAUGACUUGUAAUCGGUCUGUUUGAAGUUUUGAAAUAUAUAUACCUAUACUUGUCAAA